UUACUGAAUGUAUUGUAGUAUGAAAUUACGAAUUUUUAUUUUUUACGCCUGAUUUAAGUGUUGCCGUUCGAGUUGAUAAGACGAAAGAAUGCGCAAAAGCUAUUGCGAUCGGAUCUUGCUCCUUUUAUUAGCAGCUAAAGCAUGCCAAUGUGGUUACACGUACGAAAAGAUCGGCGACUCUCACUACUUCAUAGGCAAGGGGAACAGUGAUGAGCAAAUAUUCGACUGGUUCGAUGCGCGUCGCAGUUGUCGGGCUCAAGGCGGCCAACUCGUAUCCGUGCAGACGGCCAAGCAGUUGAUUGAACUGGAGCACUAUAUAUUGGCUCAGGGCUAUGCCAAUGGAAGCAUGUUCUCCACAUCCGGUCACAGUUUCGAAAGUGAAUAUCCCUUCAAGUGGAGUGCGCUAGGUAAGAGCUUGACGUACACCAAGUGGUUGCCCGGCGAGGGUCCUCCGCUCAAUUCGUUUUUGAGCCUGCAGCUUGUCAACUCGGAGCUGUUUAUGGUCACAUCGUGGGGCUUUGAUCAGUUUUAUAUAUGUGAAUAUGAAACGAUAAGUGUUUGGUUAGUUACCAAUUUAUAUAAUCCGUUUUAUUCGAUACUUGUGAUACUCAUAUUAGUGUUCUUAUAUACGUUAAUCAAAAGAAAAAGAGCGGUACCUGAAGAAGAGCAACUGCUUAAAAAUUAAACAACAAACAUUAAAUAAAACUAUUUAGUUUAUUUGAAA